AUGCUGGAGAAGUGACUAACAAACAAUAAGAAGCUUGAAGAUUUUUUUCGGUCAGAUUUCUCGCCGGGCUCGCCCGCAUGCCGACAAGCUAAAUUGAAUGCCUUCCGUUUGCUCUCGCAGCACAAAUUCUGCCAAUCAGCGAGCCUUUUCCUGUUAUCUGGCUGUCUGGACGAUGCAAUUCGUGUCUGUCUUGACGUUUUGAAGGACCUUCAAUUGGCUUUAAUCAUCACCAGGUUUGCUCUUCUGUGA